UUUUGGCUUUACGAACCCAUCGUUUCUCUCUCUAAAAUUUUUAUUAUUGUUUUUAAUUUCUUAUGAAAAAUCACAUAAGAAAAACUAUAAGUAGGGGAAAAAGAAAACAGAGCAUUUUUGUUUCUUUUGUCAAGUAGCCAACACAGAAGCCUGAUCCCAUUGAGCGUCUCAAAAGCGAAUUUGUACUCACUCACUCACCCAACUCCACAGAGAACAAGCUCGUGACCAAAGGAUUUAUCUGUUAUACUCAGGAGAAGAAGGGUCUGUUGAGUGUCAGUGGUGGUGGAGAAGCUAGAUCUCUUUGUAUCGACGCGGCAACGGAGUGUUCUUAGCGGAAACUGAUUGCAAUUUGACAUGGAAUUGGAGAUAAAGUGCGAUAAAGCUCAGGAAAUUCCCAGGACAUCAUAAUGAAGUUCUAUAUUUCGACCACGGGAAUCAAGAGAGUGACGAUAUCGAACUCCGGCGGCAGCGUGGGUAAGGGAUCUACGGUGGCUGCUUAUAGGCGGAUUUCGAGCCGGACAGUGCUGUCGGUGGUACUGCUGCUUGGGAUCCUUUUGCCCUUCCUUUUUGUUAGAAUUGCGUUUUUGGUCCUCGAAUCUGCCACUGCUUGCAAUUCUACCUUUGACUGUACAGGAUGGAGGAUUUUCGGCGGGAGUGACUCAUCCCUGAAGCUGAGAGAAGAGCUGACAAGAGCAUUGUUGGAGGCAAAGGAUGGUGACAUGUAUGAUAAUGGAAUGGAAGAUUCAACAGAAUCAUUCAACGAUCUUGUGAAGGAAAUGACGUCUAAACGACCAGACGUUAAGGCUUUUGCUUUCAGGACCAAGGCCAUGCUGUCUAAAAUGGAGCAUAAGGUGCAGUUAGCCAGACAGCGUGAAUCAAUUUACUGGCAUUUAGCUUCACAUGGCAUUCCAAAGAGCCUACAUUGCCUUUGCCUCAAAUUGGCUGAGGAAUAUGCUGUAAAUGCCAUAGCCCGAUCUCGUUUGCCACCACCUGAAUAUAUGUCUCGCCUGGCAGACCCAUCCUUUCAUCAUGUGGUUCUCAUAACUGAUAAUGUUCUUGCUGUCUCUGUUGUCAUCUCUUCUACGGUCCAAAACUCAGCCAACCCUGAAAAAUUGGUGUUUCAUGUAAUCACUGACAAGAAAACUUAUUCUCCAAUGCAUGCAUGGUUUGCUAUCAAUCCUAUUAAAUCAGCAGUUGUGGAAAUUAAGGGAUUGCACCAAUAUGACUGGACAAAGGAAGUAAAUAUUGGCAUUAAAGAGAUGUUAGAGACUCAUCGUCUUAUUUGGAGCCACUACUACACCAUUGUGAAAGAAGGCAAUUUUCUACAUGAGGAAGAGCGCAUAAGAAGUUUGGAGGCUUUAGGCCCCACUUCUCUUUCCCUAUUGAAUCAUCUCCGAAUUUAUAUUCCUGAGCUGUUUCCGGAUCUCAACAAGAUAGUUUUCUUGGAUGAUGAUGUAGUUGUGCAACAUGACAUAUCAUCUUUGUGGGAAUUGGAUCUCAAUGAGAAAGUUGUUGGUGCUGUUGUUGACUCAUGGUGCGGAGAAAACUGCUGCCCAGGAAGAAGAUAUAAAGAUUAUUUGAAUUUUUCUCACCCAAUAGUUUCUUCCAAUUUUGACCCUGAACAUUGUGCUUGGCUUUAUGGCAUGAAUGUGAUUGAUCUUAACUCUUGGAGGAGAGCCAAUAUCACAACAAAUUACCACAGAUGGUUGAAGCAUAAUUUAAAAUCUGGACUGGAAUUAUGGCAACCAGGGGUGCUUCCACCAGCCUUGCUUGCUUUUGAGGGUCAAGUGCACCCUAUCGAUCCUUCAUGGCAUCUGGCUGGACUAGGUUAUAGAUCCCCAGAAACUCACAGAGACAUACUGGAAACUGCUGCCGUUUUACAUUUUAGUGGCCCUGCAAAGCCCUGGCUUGAGAUAGGGCUCCCAGAGGUACAAAGCUUAUGGAAUAGACAUGUAAAUUUUUCAAACGAGAUAAUUAGGAAAUGUAGAAUUAUUGGGUGAGAGGACGAAGUUCUCUCACUCGCACAUAUUCUUCUGGAAAUGAAACCAGUGACGUAUGAGACCAGAGGGAAGAAGGUUUUGCCUUCAGUCUCUGCUCACACUGAGCUCUCCACAGUGCGAUAUUGGUUAUUUCUUGUCCAUAAUAGAAAAUAGUUGAAUUUAUGAUGCGGUACACGACAGGUCUGGAUCUUCAAUCUUGAAGAGAGGAUGAUCAUGGAUGUAUUUUUUUUUUUUUAACGAAUAAUUGUAAAUUAACUUUUAGCUGGGAAAUUGAUAUUAGUUAAAUCAAUUGCAGAUAUUAUUAUUAUUAC